AUAAAAAUGGAGGAAGCCAAGUCAAAUUAUUUUCAACGGAUUUAAAAUUAACCUUAGUUUGGAGCUCUGACUCCUGUGUUUUUAGCUAUGUCUAGCCCUCAGGGAUAGCCCUGAAGUGGAAGGCAGAUCAAACAUGGCUGUCUGCAGCCCAUCACUUCUGAUGGUGCCAUAAUUCCUAUAAAUAACGAAAAAAGCCUUUUUAACAGGUCAGACUUCUGAGAAGCCCAGGACCCAAAGCUCAGACGAAAGCUUCCUUGUUAGUGAGGGUUAGGUCAGCACGAGGACCCUGAGCAUUUCCAACCACAGGCAGCCAGAAACAUUUGUAGCUGUUCUUUUCUUAAAGAAGUUUAGGAAAACGAGAGUAAAUAUUUGAAAGACCGUUUUUACCCAGUCGACGCGAGUAUCCUAUUUUUAACCGCAAAAAUUAGACUAGCUCCCUAAAAAAGAACCGGCCUCGUCUUUAUGUUUAAAGUAAAAGGGUUUGGUGGAAGUCUCUCCUCACUUUAUGUUGCGUGACCUGGCUAAGCUGUUUACAAAACCUUGAACUGUCUAGACAACACCAUAAAAGCCGAGGAUCUAAACAGCUUAAUUGGGUUAUAUUAUACACCUUCUGGUGGGGGAAAAAGAGAUUUCCGCAAUGUGCAAUAAAGGAAAGGAGUGAGAAAAGAAUUUGGCUUUUUUGAAUGGAACCGAGUGGGUCUCAUUACACUUGGCUUCUAGUAAAGGCAAAAGUAGGCGAGUAAGUAAAAAAAAGACCCCAAAUUAACCCCCUCUCCAAAGAUGAAAUCGCAGGGAAGGAUCAGUAAAAAUAAAAAUUGAAACUCUUUAGCAAGAAAAACAUAAGUGUCUGCCUUUGAACUUCCAAAAUGUCAAGGUCAUCACCUUUAACCUUUCUGAAUAAUUAGGCGCCUUAAGGUUCCUCUGUUAUUUUCAACCACCACCCACUCUCUCUCUUUCUCUCUGUCUCCCUCUCUCUCAUACACACACAUCCACACCACACACACACACCACACGCGCGCGCGCACACACACGCACACUUCUUACUGCAUAGCUAUCCAUAUUAGCAGAUGCAUCACGCAAAGACAAUGUCAACUGUCAUUGUGAAUAUUUCCCCGUCACUUCAAGUUAGCACAUUUCCCCGAUCUAAUCGGUUAGUUAUAUCCAUAUAUUUUUGAUUUUCCUGCCCGAUUCUUGCGCCCAGAAAAUACAUUAAAACCUUUUUCUUUCUUUAUUAAGCCCCCAGGUUCUAAAAUACUCAAAUUAGCACAGCGGAAUAUAAGAGACCAUGAGGCUUUUUUCAAGGAAAAAUGAUAUUUCCAGCUAGCUCCGUUACAAAUAUAUUUUAUCAGGAAAUAUCCUAGAAAUACACGCAGUUGUAAGCAACCACUAAACACGCUUGGCUUCACAUUAUAACUACAUUCUCAGAGCUCUUCCGGGUCUUAUUCCACGGACUCCGAAUAUUUUUGUUGUUGGUUUCAUGUCCGUACUGUGCAUUUAAUAACUGAUCCGAGCCUAUGACUUUUUCCUGUAAAAUUAAGGCAUCACAAAGAUGCGAUCACAAAAACGAGCAGGCUAAUAGAGCCGGUGUAGAUUUUUACAGGCAUAGCCGCUUGCAAGUAUUAUUUUAAAAGAAAGAAAGAAAGGUAAAAAGUCAGGACAAAAGACAGAAAAUCAGAAGACAAAGAAAGAGAGAAAUCCAUUAUUUUAAGGUACCUAAAUGCAUCCAAAUUGAAAAUAAAGCCAGAGAGAAAUAAAUUCCCUUGUGCUUUGUCGCCAAAUUCCACAGGAGGGCGCGCUCACGUUCGGUAAAGCUCUCAAUAGUCCUGAUGUUCAAGUAUAUUUUCCUCCUAAUAAUAAUCCCACUCCUAAUAAAAUAUCUAAUAUAUAAGUAACGAUAAGAUUUCAGGGCUUUCGAAAUGAGAAAAUAAAGCAUCAAAAAGAUUUAUUAAACAAAUAACCCAGAGCCGUGACGUGCUCGAGAAAUAUGCCACAUGACCAGAAUUUUGGGGGGUCGCAAUCUUUUGUAAUGCAUCCGAGCUCUAAAAAAUCCCAUAAUCCGAAGGGGGAAAAUCCGUUGAAUUCAGAAUUCGUUCACUAGAGCCAAAAUCUGUUUACUCCUUUUAGUGCAGCCUUAAAACCCAGAGAACAAGAAUCCUAUCAAAACCUGCGUUUCCUUUGCACAGCCCAUCUUUAAACGGUUAUUGCAAGUCUUUUGUUGAAGAGAUGUCAACGUGCAGAUAGCAUUGUUUUAGAAAUGCAUUUUAUUUGAGCAGAAGUCGUGUUUUUUAUUCUGGAUAUGCCUAUUUAAGGGGAAAUCAGAACGAAACCGCAGGGCAGCUAUUUUUAAUAUCCGAACCUCACCUUGCCAGGGCACUGCUAAAUAACAACCUCUCCCCUUAGAAAUACUAUAGAUAUCAGGCAAAAGGAAUGCAGAUGUUUGGAAAUUCAAGCUAACUCGCUGCAUUUCCUGGAGAUCCUCCAGCGGAUUUCUAUUCCAUUUCUCCAAAGGCACACUUUGCGUGCUACCACCAAAGAGCAGGGACAGCUUUUUCUAUGCUUGUUUGCAGCAAUCCCCUCGGACUAGGUAAUGAGUGAUCAGCCCUAUUCCGCAUUUUAAAAAACCCGACCCCGGCAAAGAAUUUGUUGGCACUGUGUCUGCGAGGGUGGGUUUUUGUAGAAGUUCAUUGUUAACAGUUUCCUAGAAAUAGCCUUCCCGUCUGGAAUAGAACGGCCCAGCAGCUUCUGCAAGCCUUGGGGGCGUAGGAGCUGAAGGUAGCGCGUUUUAACAGAAGCCAGACCACAGCCUCCCCCCUAAACAAGUCCUCCCGCGAGAUGGGCACCUCCGUUGCCAGAGGAGCUCGCGUGGCCACGGGUGGGUGGGUUGGUGGCUUUCAGAUCUCGCCUACUCCCUGCACUUCUUGGGCUUCUCCUUAGCGCUUUGCCCUCCUUCACCGGCCCUCCGGGAGGAAUGGAAGUGGCACUGCAAGCAGAGAUGCUGUCGAUCAAAUAAUUAGUUGAUUGGAAUGCUGCUUUGUUCUCGUUGGAGUCAUCGUGUAAACGUGAUGGUGCGGGGGUUAGAGACAGCCUCUGCUCUUAAAAAAAAUAAAGGCUGCCCGCUCUUUCCAAAUUUCUGUAGAGCUGGUCCUGCUGGAGAGCGAGAAGGGAUCCGCGAAUUUCUGGUGAAAGGCGAAGUCAGCCAGGAAUCCCUGCAAAGAUAAACAUGCACUUGAAGGACCCAAGAUCAGGGGCUAGACGGGGGCGUCUGGACCGGUUUGCAGAUAGAAUCCUAGACCCGGCAAGCAGACCCUGAGCUUUGCACGUCUGGGCACAAAGGGAUAUGGAUAGACAAUAGGGGAAGGUUGGAACCGUGUAGGGAUAUUUUGGAAAUAGGGGCGACGCUUUGCUGUAUGCUCACACGCUGCAAAUAUAGAGGCUACCCUGCCGGAAAGGCGAAGGUGCUCUUUACCAGCUCCGGGCUCAUAAAGGAGGUUUGCUUUAUCAGCCCCAGUAAUUCGGAAAUCCAGAAAGGCACCCGGAUGGCUUUUAAAAAAUCCGAAGAAUAGAAACAGUCAGCUAAGAAGUUGCUUCUUUCUCUGGAACCAGGACAGACGGGAAGCAGGGCACAGUGACAGUUGCAUUAUUAAAAAAAGAAAGGUCAGGAGAUGGUGGUUAAUUCCCGCCCCCGCCCCCCCAAAUAAAACGGUUCUUCAAUCGCUCUGCAAUACAGCAACGAGAGAUAAAAUACACCGUUCACAUUUUGAAAGGGUUCCUCAAUAAAGUGCGGAAAUCGACUACAUUAAAGUAAUAUUGCUAAAUACUUCCUAGGUUUCUGGCUAUUUUAAAGCCAGCGAUUUCUUGCAAUAUUUCUUGAACUGAUUCAUGCAUCUGCGAAAUAUCCAUCCUAUUUCCGUACCCUGCCCCAUCCCCCUUCAAAAAGGAGUCACGAACACUGCAAAUUGCAGUUAGAUCUGUAAGAAGCCUGGAGUGUCAGAAUCCUGUCCCCAGGAAUAGGGCGGAGGAGGGAAAGGGAAUGAAAAUCCAACUUCCUCGCGACAUUUUUUAAUCUCGAGUUUUUAUUCCUAACAUUUAUUAAGGCAGAAAAGUGUAAUGUCAUCGUCUAUUUUAUUACGAUUAGUCGUUUAGAUAUAUAUGGGCUCUUUUGUGGAUCCUCCCCCUCUCCCUUGAAAAAAAUUGGGGCUUUGAGAGCAAAACCUUUAUAUUAAUGUAGAGUGUAUAUCUCAUUAAUUGCACAAUAUUGAUUUAUUUAUUAAUGUUAAUUACUUUAUUCCAUCUUAAUAUGAUUUAAAGCGACAGUGACAUUAAAUAAGGCACCAUUUCCCCAAAGACUAUGCCAUGUUUAUUCAACUUCUAUUUACAUCAGACUUAAACUUUCUUAAGGUUCCUUUUUUUCCUUCCCCCCAAAAUCCUGUCCUCCUUCAUGUCCGGUUUUUAAAAAGUCGUGAUUUAUUACGAUCAAAAGUUCUGAAGGAGUUUUUGGACGCCCCUAAAUGAAAUAUAUAUUUUUAAAUGAUAAUCUGAGUUACCUAUAGGUAUGGAAGGAAUUCCUAUUUUCAUUUAAAAUCAAGGAAACGGUACAUAUAAUUAGGAGCCAGCCAGUCAGCUCAUUAAAUAGACCAGACGCUGCAGCGCAGUUAAGCACUAGGUUAUUGUUUUAACUUUACCAUUGGGCAAAAUCCCCAGCAAACCUCUGAGAUAGAUAAUACUUCAGUUGGGAUAUUUCUGGGAGACUCUUCUAAAAGUGUAAAUAAAGAUUAUGAAAGACCAUUUGAUGGGCAUAAAAUUCCUGAUUAGAUUUAACAGUCAAGUCUUAAACUGCUUCAAGGAAAAUAGUAUUUUGUUUCUUUAAACUCUGUGGGUUGUCUGGGCUGUUGUUGAAAAAGAGGAAAUUGCUAGAAAGCAGGGGGAAAAAUACAGUCCUCAAGCAGGGAGCAUCGUGAACUCCACGGCAGCUGGCUCCUGAGCUCAGACAAAUCUUAGCAAUGGCUCUGAUCAUGAUCUCAAAUAUCUUGUUUUUUUUAAGGAAAAAAAUCCCCCUUUCUAUCCUAGCUCUUCAAGGGCGCUCAGACCUGUGGGGUGAGGCAGGGAGGCAGGCAGGGAGCAGGCAAGGCAGAGAAAUCUUUAAAGCAGCUAAUAUUCUGAAGGUAAUAUUUAAACUCUCCGGUAACACAGAAGCUUUAGACUGAAGCUGUAAAAGACACUGGCUCUUAACCUGACAAUGAUGUUGUAUUUGAACAGCUGCGAUAAGGUUUUAAAAGGUCUGUCUCAUUGCCACAGCGAAAUUUUAAAUAGGGUUAUUGUUUCCAACAAUGUAAAGUGGGGCGAAAAGUGAGAAUCAUUCAAACGUCAGGAAUUAGGAUAAAAUUCCAGUUCCCGUUGGUGUGAUAUGCGAGCAGCAACUCUGCUUUGUGGCAGACGCAGUUUAGACGCCUUUUCACGUGCUGCUUGUUCUUAGAUAGCUGGAUAUUUUCUUAAAGACUAAAAAAUAAGUGUUUGGGUGUUGCAAAGGCCCAAAAUAAAUAGACCAGAUGAACCUGAAACCAAAUUUAUCAAGUCCACUUUGCCUCUGUGUAGGUCCCUGGCAGCUUUAGCCUUAGACCAGAAAUGGGGGAGUUUGAAAGUAAUCAACAAAGAUAAGAAGCGUAAACUGUUUGUUCCGUUGCAAUUCUUAGCGGAAGAGCCCGGGAUGUACAAGCAGUGGUAAAGUGUGGGGGAAAGUCCCAAACACAUCCCAAGUGUCGGGCAAGAAAAGUCUGUUUUGUUAAGUAAGCAGUUACUGUUGCCUUGUGUCAUUUAUUUUUAAUAUUCAAACUGCAUUUAUCAUUCUCCUAAAAAAAGAAAAAGAAGAAGUUGCUUGAACAGUUGUAAUAAAACUCGGAGUUUUCUAUAUGUUUUUAAAUGAGGAAUACUACAGAAAGGAAAUUAUCUUUAUGGUUCUUUCAGUAUCUAGGGCAAGUAUUUAUUUAUUUAUUUAUUUAUUUUGCCCAAGCAGAGUGAGAGAGCAUUGUAAAAUAAUUUUAGGAAUCUGGUGUAACUAUAAAACUCAACUGAUGACAAAAGUAUAGCUUUUAAUAUUUGACGAUUUGUGUUAAAACAAAAAUUGACCUUCUUGGUUAGUAGCGAGGAAAAAAAUCAAUAGUAUAAUUUUCAAUAAUUCAUAACGCGAACGCCAUUAUGCUAAAUCUUAACUAUUAAUCUUAUCCUUUACAAAGUCUCGAUUGAUUUGUUAAUAAAAUAUCUUCCCGUGUGUGGCAACAGAGGGUAUAACUCUUUAAAAAGCUUCAGAAGCAAGAAAAUUACCAAGUAGCCCAAGAAUGUAGAUGAGAAUUUUAUUGAUCGCCCUGAUUCUUCUUAAUAUGUAUUAAUAAAUUCCACAACCUUUUGUACCUUGCACUUGUCAGGAACCAAUGCUUUUACAAAAUCCAUAAAAGGAAAACAUAUUUUUCUUUGCAUAAUAACCAAAUGACACCUUCGGAUUUCUCACACGCUUCAGCACAUCCAGUUGCCUAAAACUUUUAAGGUGGUGUGUGGUUUUUGUGAUCAGGUUUAUGAGUAUGGAGGGAAAGUGGGGAGAAAGCUCCUUUCUCAAGCAGUGAGCUGGAGGGGCGGUUGCUCUCAGGACAAAUUGCUUGCAAAUAAUUGUCUUCUGCACGAAACUGCACAGGGUCUUGAAGUCAUGGGCGUUCGUGCGGUCAGAAGAAACCACUUAUUUCCGCGCAAAAAGGAAAGCACCCGACAUUUACCCUUGCACAAAAGUCUGGGGGGGUCUGCUUAUGUACAUGCCACUGUUUUUUCGUGGCUUUAUGGCUGCAAGGAUCUGUUUCGUGCUAGCCUCCUCGUCUCUUUCGAGCCACGGACAGCGAGCUGCCAAGCUUUCGGCGAAUUCGGACUCAUCCUGUGUGUAAUAAUAAUAAAAAAAUAAAAUAAAUAAAGCCCCUUGUUUUAAAUCAGCGCAGUGCGCCAGGGAUGCUUUGCAAGGCUUCUGCAUGGAGGGAGCACUUUCCCUCUGACGUUCUAGAUGUCGCUGUUGACCACACUUGAGAUGCAGCCGGGACUGUCCCGGGGAGCACGUGACUCGCGGGGAGGUAGCGGCUCAAGGCCAUUUUCAAAUCUCAUUGGCUUGGUUGUCAUGUGGUUGUGCAGAGGCAUCCACAAUUACACAGGGAAUGUUUUCCUAGAGAUGUCAGCCUACAAAGGACACAAUCUCUCUUCUUCAAAUUCCUCCCCAAAAUGUCCUUUCCAAACAGCUCUCCUGCUGCUAAUACUUUUUUAGUAGAUUCUUUGAUCAGUGCCUGUAGAAGUGACAGUUUUUAUUCUAACAGCGCCAGCAUGUACAUGCCACCUAGCACAGACAUUGGAACUUAUGGAAUGCAAACCUGUGGACUUCUACCGUCUCUGGCUAAAAGAGAAGUUAAUCACCAAAAUAUGGGUAUGAAUGUACAUCCUUAUAUACCUCAAGUAGACAGUUGGACAGAUCCGAACAGAUCUUGUCGAAUAGAGCAACCUGUUACACAGCAGGUGCCCACUUGUUCCUUUACUACAAAUAUUAAAGAAGAAAGCAAUUGCUGCAUGUAUUCUGAUAAGAGAACAAAACUCAUUUCUUCAGAAGUCCCUUCCUACCAGAGGUUGGUCUCUGAAUCAUGUCCCAUUGAAAAUCCCGAGGUUCCUGUCCCAGGAUAUUUUAGACUGAGCCAGACCUACGCCACUGGGAAAACCCAAGAGUACAAUAAUAGUCCUGAAACGAGUUCAACUGUAAUGUUACAGUUAAAUCCUCGCGGCAGCUCCAAACCGCAGAUAUCUUCUCAACUUCAGAUGGAAAAGAAAAUGAAUGAAAACCCGAACAACCAAGACAACUCAGCUAAAGUCUCUCAAGUGGAAAGUCCAGAGCCAAAGUCCACUUUGCAAGAGGAAAGGAGCUGCCUGGCUGAAGGCUCUGUGUCCAGCCCAGAAGUACAAGAGAAGGAAAGUAAAGAGGAAAUCAAGUCUGAUACUCCAACAAGCAAUUGGUUAACUGCAAAGAGUGGCAGAAAGAAGAGGUGUCCUUAUACUAAACAUCAAACACUGGAAUUAGAAAAAGAGUUCUUAUUCAAUAUGUAUCUCACUCGAGAGCGCCGCCUAGAGAUCAGUAAGAGCGUAAACCUCACUGACAGGCAGGUCAAGAUUUGGUUCCAAAACCGCAGAAUGAAGCUCAAGAAGAUGAGCAGGGAGAACCGAAUCCGAGAACUGACCGCUAAUCUGACCUUCUCUUAAACCGUAAACCUGGGGUUGAACCAGUGAGAAAUGGGCACUGCACCACCAGUUGCUAAAUGCAAGAGUGACUUGGAGGGGGAAAAAACAAACCUUCAUUUUUCAUUUUUUUCUGAUAGAAUGUGACUUUUUGUCCUUCUUUUAGUGCUGCAAGUGAAUAUGUAUUACUAUGAUGAGUAUAUAUAUAUAUAUAUAUAUAUGUAUAUAUAUAUAUAUAUAUACAUAUAUAUAUAUAUAUAUAUAUAAACCUAGCACGUGUAAUUUAUUUAUUUUUUUUUCUCAUCGUAAUGCAGGGUAACUGUUAUUGAACGUUAUCAUUUGGUCUUAACUUAUUGGAACUGUCGAACAUCCAAACAAUGUGACUUUUUCAUGUUUUUACUAACAAAAUGGUAUUUAUGUGGGGCUAUUACACGGGCCAUAACAUUUUGAAUACAUUCAGUACGUUAAGAGAAGAAGAAAAAACUUUUGGGGGAAAACAAAGCACAUUACAAUGUAACUAUCCUCUCGAAUGAACUUAGACAUUGUCCUUCGUCAAAUGGAUUCUUGAGUCCUUCUCCAUUGUAGACAUUUUCUUGUGGUGCAUAUGUGGUAUAGUAGUGAUUAUACAACAGCGAUAUGUCCUUCUUGUGCAUGUUCUACUCGCAUGUAUAAUUGCAAUAAACUCUGUAAACUACU